CCUAGGCUACAAAGGGAAACAUUAGCCUACAUAGUAGUCAUUAUGAAAACAAAAGCCAUUCUUUCUUGGACAACUUUGGUGUAGUUGUUAUGUCACGCUCUAUUGUUUUCUAAAACGUAAAAAUGUAAAUUUCAAACAGGGUGUUGUUGAAGAGGUUUUCAAAGGGUGAGUCAGCAAGGAAGGUUGACACAGUGUAAAUGGAUUUUUAGCUCAUUGUUUUCUACAAUGUUACCACGACUAGAUGUUUGAUUUGGUGGCACCUCUAGUGCACAGUAUUUUCUCAUCAAUAAUUAAUAUCCGUGCAUCAACGUAACCGGUAAUUUGUCAUAGAUCAAGUUUUUUUUUUUGUCAGUGUCAUUUAUGACUUAUUUGUCAAUUUGCCAUUUAAUAGUCUGAUGUUAGGCGUCUUCUAGGCUAUUGACAAGUAGACUAAAGGCUACUUUUAAACAAAACAAGUUAAAAGAAAAGGUAGACUGGGCUAUUACGAAAGAGUAUAGUUGGGCAGAGCUGACAUGGCAGCAUUCUCAUGAAAUUUGAUCAAUGGCUUGGGGAUAGGCUACAGUUCUGCAGCGAAUCCUCUGUCGCGUAGGCGUCACCACGCACCAAAUCAAAUGCGUCUCCUUUUAGAUGCAGAGCCACCCAUCCCAUCCGAUUUAGUUAUCCUUUCUCUAGCUCUGGUAGUCAUGGCAACUGUUGAGCAUGUGUUCAUGAAAACAAGUGGCCAGUCAUUCUUCAAAAUGCAGAGUCUAACUACACAGUGAUCUGGGACGCCAUCUUACAUUGAUCAAACGUCAACCGCUGGUUAUCAUGAGCGGAAUUAAGCCACAAACCGAUGCGUCCGUUGCAGAAACAGGUCAAAGUACAGUGACUUCUCGAGAGCUCAAGCCGACUGGCGGGGUGCUGAAGAGACUGCGGUCCAGGCGCAGCCAGGUGGAUACUAGGCCGGUUACUGAAGAUGAGCUCCGCGAGCAGGGUCGGAAUAUCACCUCUGAGGACGUGCUUGGUCUUCGCGCGGCCACACGGGAUUAUCUGUGCAAACCAGAGGACAACAUCUACAACAUAGAUUUCACCCGCUUCAAGAUAAGGGACUUGGACACAGGCACUGUGCUGUUUGAGAUUGCUAAACCACCCCAUACUGUGGAGGAUGAGGAGAACAGGGAGGCAGAUUCCAGCACUGGGCGGUUUGUGCGUUACCAGUUCACCACCGCCUUCCUAAAGUUGAAAACAGUGGGAGCCACAGUGGAGUUCACAGUGGGCCCACGACCCUUAAACAGCUUCCGCAUGAUCGAGAGGCACUACUUCAAGGAGCACCUCCUCAAGAGCUUCGACUUCGACUUCGGCUUCUGCAUUCCCAACAGCCGCAACACAUGCGAGCACAUCUACGAGUUCCCGCAGCUGUCGGACAGCAUGAUUCGCCAGAUGGUGGAUCAUCCAUAUGAGACACGUUCUGACAGCUUCUAUUUCGUGGACAACAGACUGGUCAUGCACAACAAGGCUGACUAUGCUUACAAUGGAGGUCAGUGAGGUGAGAGAGAGAGAGGGAGAGAGAGAGAGAAGGAAAGAGGGAGAGCGAGAGAGAGAGACAGAGAGAGAGAGGAAGGGAGGAGAGGUCCGAGGGGCUGGCAGUUACUUCUACAGUGGAAAUGAACUUUUCCCUCAGUUCAUCCCUUCAGGCCACAAUACUCAAUUUCCUUAGAGCAAAAUGAAUGUAACAACCCCCCCCCCCCCCCCCCCCCCCCCCCCAAGUUAUGUUCCUCAGCCAGGUCCAUGUGUGCAGUGGCAUGUUAGUUAUCUGCCUUGCGGCUCCACAGCUGAAUUAUCUAUACACAACAAAUGUUUAAAGGGAUCCACUCCACACAGUGUUGUCAGAGGAGAGCCUGUCCCCUUGCCAUCUUGUGAUCCCUCCUUUUCCUUUCCUUCAAUACUUGAAUGUGAGUCAUCAUCAUUGAGCUGGGUUCUUUUUUUACUGAAUGUCACUAUAGUUAGAGUUUUUCCUAGCUGUCCGAAGCAUGCAUACAAAGCUUCUGUGUGGUGUGUGUGUGUGUGUGUGUGUGUGUGUGUGUGAGAGAGAGAGUGGCUAAUCACUCUUUUCUAUGAAAAGGAUGCUCAUAGCCAAUGGGAGAAGGUGUAAGAGGCCUCCUCUCUGACGCUAUCGCCCUCACCUGUCAUGUUUUGUGUGCCGUGAUUGCAGGGCGGUAUUUGAUAUUAUUAUUAGUGUUCCUGUAGCUCACUUGCACACAUGGCCUCUUCAGCUGUCUGUCAGUGGCAGGUGUACUUGAUGUUACACUUAGAGAGAGAGAGAGAGAGGUGUUGAGUGAGCACACAACACAAACACACACACACACACACACACACACACCUCACUGUCAAACUCACAUGCCCGCCCACACACUUAUACACCCUUUCACAGAUUCGGCAGUUUCACAGAGUGUGGCAGAUGUCUGUGUCAAGAACGAUCAAUUAUCUGAGCUUGCUCUCUCUCUCUCCACCACUAAUCUGAGUGUGUAACCUGACACUGUCAGUACAGGAAAGAAAAUACUCCUACAUUCCUGCCAUGUUCAAAACACUUGGCCAGUGAGCCUUUUGUUUUCAACUGAUUUUGUGGUAGAAUGCCUGGUACACAAUAUGUUGUGUGUGUGUGUAUGUGUGUGUGUGUGUGUGUGUGUGUCAGACAUUGAGAAUGAUUUGAUUGGAGUGCAAUGUUUCGAUUUUCUCUUGGGGUGUAGAUGUCGAGCAAUUGCAAAUUUUCAGUUUGUAAAUAGCCUAAAAUGUCAACUACAAAUCUGAACAAGUACGACUAAGAAUGUGAACCCUGUUUAUAAUGUCUUUGUGUGAGCGAGGCAGGUGUGUACUGAAAGGAUAUUAGUUACAUGGACUAGGAACGAUCUCGUAGCAUAGGACAAAGAGAACUUGCUGUUUUUGUAGUCUCCUCUUGCUGUGUACAGUGACUUGC